UGAAUUCAUGGAAAACAGUGGCGUGGCCAAGGAGACAGUGGGUAAAAUCCGAGCCGCGUUUGUGACAUUCAUAUACUCUCCAGACUCUAGUCUCCACUUUCCAUUCCUUUGCUUCGCUUCGCUUCGAUUCGAUUCGAUUCGAUUCUCUUGCACCCUCUCUCCUCUCUGUUUCUCUUUCGUAGCAAUGUGAAAACACACCAUUCAACACAAGUCAAUUAACUUCUCUCUCUCUCUCUCUCUCUCAAUUUUUAACUCCGAUUCAUGACGUCACUCUGCCUGAAGAUUCUCCCAGGCGGCGGCACCUCAUCUACCGGUGACGUCCGGUUCUGGCAACGGAGGAGGCUUUCUGCGAUUUGCGAGGUCCCCUACGUGCACUCAUCGCCGGGAAGGCCAGGGAUCGUGCUGCGACAGCCGAAGCAGUGGCGGAGAUGGGUGGCCGAGAAGGCGAGCCACAGCGGCGCGUCUGAGUGUUCCCGCGUUCAAAGCUCAGACGGCGAGAAGGCUGGCCCGAUGUCGUCAUAUGCGGUAGGGGAAUUUACGGCGGAGGAUGACCGGACAAUUAUGAAUCAGGCGGCGAAGGUGGUAGCAGCGGCGGCGGUGACGGUAGUGAUGGGUGUAGGGAACAGGGUGCUGUAUAAGCUCGCCUUGGUUCCUCUGAAGCAGUACCCUUUCUUCCUCGCUCAGCUUGCUACUUUCGGAUAUGUACUUGUGUACUUCUCAAUUUUGACUAUUCGAUAUCGUGUGGGCAUUGUCACUGAUGAGAUGUUAUCAAUGCCGAAAACACCAUUUCUAGUUGUUGGUCUCUUGGAGGCUCUUGGUGCUGCCACGGGAAUGGCAGCAGGAGCAAUGCUAUCUGGGGCAUCAAUUCCAAUUUUGUCUCAGACUUUCCUUGUGUGGCAAAUUCUCCUGUCAAUGAUUUUUCUUGGGAGACGAUAUAAAGUCAACCAGCUGCUUGGAUGCUUUCUUGUAGCCACUGGUGUAGUUAUUACUGUAGCAAGUGGAUCAGGUGCUGGGAAUUCAUUGAAGGAAGCUGGUAUAUUUUGGAGUCUUUUAAUGAUAGUUUCAUUUUUAUUCCAAGCAGCUGAUACCGUGCUGAAGGAAGUAAUCUUUUUGGACGCAACCAGGAAACUGAAGCAGGGACGUUCUGUUGAUCUCUUUGUCGUCAAUUCCUUCGGGUCAGCAUUCCAAGCACUAUUCAUAUGCCUCCUGCUGCCAUUCUUAUCAAAAUUAUGGGGUGUCCCGUUCAGUCAACUCCCAAACUACCUCAAAGAAGGAGCGGCCUGCUUUCUGAAUGUUGGGAGUUUGUCAAGUGUUUCAGGAUGUAAUGGAGCCCCCCUGCUACCUGUGCUUUUUAUCAUUGUCAACAUGGGUUUCAAUAUCUCAUUGCUUUAUCUUCUCAAGAUUUCUUCAGCUGUUGUCUCCUGUUUAGCAUCAACAUUUUCAGUCCCUAUAUCCCUCUAUGUGUUCACGUUGCCAUUGCCGUACCUUGGUGUUGCCUCUUCUCUUCCAACAGGCUUUCUUGCAGGGGCUAUCAUUCUUAUCACAGGCUUACUAGUUUAUGCAUGGACCCCUUCAACUGGUUCCUCGAGUGCUUCUUUAACGGCUUCUACCUAGAGGGAAGGCAUUUGAGCUUCAUGGGCUCGCCAAGCAUAAGGAUGAGGAGUAGUACCUGGCCUUAGAUGAUUGUUACACCAAAUGGUACAACUUGUGCUUCAGAUGUAGUCUUUCUUGAUUCUAACAAGAGAGGGAUCAAUGGAAGAGUGUUGACAUUUUUGUUUCAAAAAAUUGCUAAAGAUGCAUGAAGAAAAGGAGAUAUGAAGUGAAAUCCUCCUGCACUUUGCUCAAGUGAUAAAGGUGUGGAUAGCACUAUCACCUUUUUUUUCUUUUAUUAUUGUAGAAUGAGGGGGAAAAAAAGAAACACAGGAAGAAAUUUUUAGGCAAAGCCAUUUCAUGAACCAAGGAACCGCGUGAAAAAGAAAUGUUUGGGAGAGAAUGAUGUUAUGAUGUAAAAAAGAAAAGGAUAAUAUCAGGCGUUUAUCUUUUUUUUGGCUGAAUGAGUUAAUAUAGUUUAAUGUAUAAGGCAUAAUUUGCAAUAUGAGAAAACACUUGCUGAGCGAAUUGUGCUCUUUUCAAGAGUACUAAAUGGCUC